CAGUUUUACCAAUAUGUGCAGUGUGCGACGUGUGUGGAGUGUUAGGAGUUGUUCAGUGUGGGGUUUGUGUAGUGUGGGAGUUGUGUAAGUGUAGUGUGUGAUUCGUGUAGUGUGGGGUUUAUGUAGUGUGGGAUUUGUGUAGUAUGGUAUUUGUGUAGGUUACAUAUCAAAACGAUGUUUGGUGAACAAGAUUCUCCUGUUAAAACUGCAGAAAUAUGUGUGUUAGCCUGAUAGUUAACAUUCACCAAUCAAAUUUACCUGACCUGUUUGCUGACAUACUCAUGUAAUCAAGAAGCGACUAGAAUUUUUUUGCCACAGCCAGUCCACCCCUGUUUGAGAGUAGAGUUUUUUUUUUUAAACUAAAGUAGUCUGCUUAAAAACCAGGAGCAACACCCAGACCUAAAACUGACGUCACAUGUCCUUGCUGCCAACAUGACGUCCACAACUGAUUUCAAAUCGCCACACGAAGAAGUAGUUACCAUCACUGAGUCUGUCGGAUCUGGUAGUAAAAACCCUACAAAGAUUGCCAGACUCAGUUUCUUCUUUAUAGUUGCAUCUGUAAUUAUAAACUGGUACUACUUCAUAAUUCAGAGUAAUUUCUAUACCAGUUACGGUUACUUUGAUCAACCAACUUCCACGAACAGCGUCAUUGAUAGGCUGAAAUUAUUCGUUUUUCUGUGCAACAACAUCGCCUAUGUAGUUAUCUGCCUGCACAUCUUUACCAGCAAGUUUAGAGGAAGCAAAAUCACCGCAGUUAUCACUGCAUGUGUCUGUAUAUUUACAUCUGCUUGCUUAGUGAACCAGUGGAGUGCUAAAGCUAUAGAUGAUGGUAUAGUUGACAUUGUUUAUGCACUCCAUAUUGCUGCAUAUUUUAUUCAAGCCAUCACAGGGUUGUUGAUGAUCAAUGAGGUGUAUUAUAUGACGUGAUAUAAACUCAUAUACUUAAAGCAACGUGUGUUUGUGUAUAAUUAAAUGUAUACGAAG